AUGCUUGUUGUACCGGUAGCAGUGGCACGCUAUAACGGGUGCGCUAGGCUACAAUGUAGUCAUUUUAGCGCAAGACAUGUAAGCAGGGAUUCGCGUAUAACCUCUCUUUCGCUCUCCCGCGUAUUCGUUUCAUUGUCUGCCCGGGAUGUAGACUCGUUCGGCCCACGACGCUGUGGUACAGGAUUCAACUUGGAAUUCUUCAUUUCCUGUAAAACUGACGGCGAUAUCCACAAUUUUAGGCGCGCCUACGGCUUUGGAAGCUGUAAAGCGCAUUUGGUGUUUUCCUUUGAUUUCAGAUGAUCUACUUAAUUCACGUAACGUUUGUUUUUUGACGGUACACGAGUACAUACACAACCCUAGCAGCCAUUGGCGUCAUGCUUGGGGUUAUCA